GAGAACUAUCUGCGCCUUUUGAUCAAUGAAGAUUGGCCCGUCUGGGGUCCCAAUCCUAAACUACCGAUACGUGCAGAACCGGGGGAAUCCACGGUGGAGAUCGUGGAAAUGUUACAUUCCUUAUCAACCUCCAGCGUCACCAAACGCAAAGGUGUUCUUCUACGACUGUUCGCCCUCGCGGCGAAAUUGGAAUCUGACUGGGCCAGUCUCGCUGUCGCUCGUCUCAUGCCUGAUGCAUCCACUGUGCAGUUGGCUAUACGCUACGCUGGUCGUUUACGUCGACAGAAUUUGGCCGAAAAGCUAGCUGGAAUUGCCCUAGAGAAAGAAGAGGCCGCUCUAACUCCCUCGGAUUUGAGCGGUGGUGAAGAAGAAGAAAACGAUUUCCACGUGUCCCAGGCUGUACGUGUCUCUCAUGGUCACGGCCGUCAACAAUAUGUUCCUAUGCAACUUCAAAAUGACAUUUCUCCAAUUCGAUCGCAUCGCCGCCACGCAUCUGGUGCGCAUUCGGACCAUGAUUUGACCAACGUUUCUUUGGUCAGUUCAGCCACAGAUGACAACACCCACGAUGAGGCUCUACCUCUACCACAUUCCGAACCGUUUACCCAAUCAGUUCUUUCACCCCUCAGCCCAUCGAUUGCAGCGCGGAAUCCUUUUCGGGUGAGUCGUUUGUUGGUUUCAGCUCUCCAAUCCGACUUUUCACAACACGACAUCUCCCUGCCAAUUGUUUGA